AUGACAAGUCACACAUGUGUAGAAGGUGAAGAUGUAGAAGAUGUGAUGGAUUUGGAAGAUGAAGUUCAUCUCAGUGAUGAGAACGUAGAAAAUGCAGUAAAUAAUAGGCAAUGUGUGGAUGAUGGAGUGAACUUGAGACCUUGUUCGAGUAGAGGUCCAGAGGAGCCAUUUAUUGGUAUGACAUUUGAUGACGUAGAAGACGCACAAGCAUAUUACAAGGCGUACGCAAGAAGAAAAGGUUUUGCCAUUCGGACCCAGCAUACUCGAUUGUCAAAGGAGGAGAAAAAACUAAUUGCUGUAGACUACGUUUGUUCAAGGGAAGGAUUUCGACGGGAAAGGAGCAAACAAAAAGAACGAAUAAUCCCGGAACCCGCUGAGAUAAAGAUUGGUUGUAAAGCAUUGAUGGGGAUAAAAAAAGAGGGUGAAAAGUGGAUAGUAUGUAAAUUUGUGCUUCAACAUAAUCACGUGCUACUUACACCUAAAAGUACUGGUUUGCUUCGUGGACAUAGGGGAGUCACACGUGUUCAAAAAAAACUUAUUAUGACUUUGAAUGAGUCUGGUGUACCGACAAGGAAGAUAAUGUCGGUUUUGAGUAAAGAAGCAGGGGGUGACUUUAACAUUGGGUGUAUUGGGAAAGAUGUGGAAAAUUACUUGGGGAACCAAAGGAGAAAAUUAUUUGAAGAGGGAGAUGCACAAAGAUUAUAUGCCUAUUUUCUUGAUCGACAAUGCAAAGAGCCUGGAUUUGUGUACUCCAUGCAAGUGGACGAGAAUGGUUGUAUGGGAAGUUUGUUUUGGGCCGAUGCUCGAUCAAGAACUGCAUACCAAUAUUUUGGAGAUGUUGUAACAUUCGAUGCUACAUAUUUGACAAAUAUUUAUAAGAUGCCCUUUGUUCCAUUUUCUGGAGUUAACCAUCAUCACCAAACCAUAAUGUUUGGUUGUGCCUUGUUGAUUAACGAAACAGCCGAGUCAUAUAUAUGGUUAUUGAGAACAUGGCAAGAGGCAAUGCUUGGACGUGCUCCUGCAACCAUAAUUACUGAUGAUGAUAAGGCAAUGGCAAAGGCCAUUACAAUUGUACUUCCAAAUACAACUCAUAGGUUGUGCUUGUGGCAUAUUCUACAAAAAUUUCCCGAACAUUUGACUCAUGUAUAUAACAGAUUUCCGGAUUUCCAAAAAGAUUUCCAUCAUUGUAUUCAUGAGACAAUUACAAUUGAUGAGUUUGAGUUGGAAUGGGGUGUUAUAUUAGUGAAGUAUGAGCUAGGAGAUAAUACGUGGCUACACAAUCUUUAUAAUCGACGGGAAAUGUGGGUUCCGGCUUACUUACGUUCAACAUUUUGUGCUGGUAUGUCAACAACUCAAAGAAGUGAAAGCAUGAAUAAGUUCUUCAAAGAUUAUGUUCGUUCCAGUACUAUGAUCAGUGAUUUUAUGCAUCAAUAUGAGAAAGCAUUAGAUGCACGUUAUUUUAAAGAGAAAGAAAAGGAUGUGCGAACAAAAUCUACUAUGGCCAUAUUGAAAACAUGUCACAAGAUUGAAGAAGAGGCUGCCGUAGUGUACACAAGAAAGUCUUUCAUGAUCUUCCAAAAUGAGCUUUUCAAUAGUCAACGCUACAAGUCAACCAAAUUGUGCAAAGAGGGUGAAAGCAAGACUUAUAUAGUGACACCUCAUGGUAAAGACACCCCUAUCUAUAUUGUGACCGUGGAGAGUGAAGGAGACAAGGGGACUUGUACAUGCCAUAUGUUUGAGUUUAUAGGAAUUCUCUGUAGGCAUAUCAUGUGUGUACUUUGCAAGAAAAAUAAAUUACAUAGUUUGCCACAACACUAUAUUCUAGACAGAUGGACUAUCACUGCUAAAAGUCGAUCUAUUAAUGACAUACCCAUUCCCGAAUGGCAUGUAACGCCACAGGAUGAGAUUGCAAUAAAAAAAAGUAAAUUGAUGAUGCAAUUUUACGCCAUUGUGGAACUUGGAACGACUACAAAAAAAUUGGACCACCUCUUCCUUGCCUUAGACAAGGCCCAUAAACAGCUGGUUUUAAUGGAAGAUCAUGACGAACUUGGGAUGACUACAAAUUGCCCAGGUGGUGGGGAGUCAACUAAUGAUGGGUUCAGCAGAAGAAGUCAGGUUGUCUCAAAUUUUUCGCAGACGGUGCAGGAUCCUCCACGAGUGCCCACGAAAGGCCGCCCAAAGUCUUUGAGAGCAAAGAACCCAAAAGAGAGUCAACCAACUAAGAAAAGGCGUUGUAGCAUUUGCAAAAAUGAGGGACAUGCUAGGAACAACUGUCCUUCAUUCAAGGAUAUUGGGCAUACAGCUGAGGUCGAGCGUACUAACUUGGAUUCUUAA